UUCUCUCCCAAAAGAAAUGGCGUGGAAUAUGGUGCUUUCAAAGGUUAUGACUGUGCUGUGGCUACUCACAACAGUGGUGACACGAGCACAAUCAUAUUCAUAUCUACGGCCACCCAAAGACCUAGCCUCAAAGUUUAGUCGUGACCCUAAAACCAUUUCACUAGCCUCAAGCGAUUUUGGGCAACUAGUUCACAAAACCCCAAAAGCAGUUUUUGAGCCAUGUUCAGUUGAUGAUAUCUCAGCCUUGAUAAGCUUCUCAAACUCUCUUCCCACUCCUUUCACCAUAGCCACUAGAGGCCAAGCUCACUCGGUUAGUGGACAAGCCUUGACACGAGAUGGGGUGGUGCUAAACAUGACUCACCUCAACUAUGGUUUCUAUGGGUCAAGAAUUGUGGUUGCUUGUGAUGGGAAGAGUGCAUGGGGUUGUUAUGCUGAUGUGGGUGGUGAGCAGUUGUGGAUUGAUGUGUUGAAUGCGACCCUUAAACAUGGACUCAGUCCUUUGGCUUGGACUGAUUAUUUGUAUUUGACGGUUGGGGGAACGCUCUCUAAUGCUGGCAUCAAUGGUGGAGCCUUUCGGUUGGGACCACAGAUCUCCAAUGUUCUUGAAUUGCAUGUUGUUACAGGGAAAGGAGAAUUUGUGACUUGCUCUCCUGAUAAAAACUCAGAAAUAUUUUAUGCUGUUCUUGGAGGAUUAGGUCAAUUUGGAGUGAUAACAAGGGCAAGAAUACCUCUAAGACCUGCACCCACAAAUUCACGUCGGGUCCACUUGCUUUACAGUGAUUUCACUGCAUUUACUAGAGAUCAAGAGUAUAUAAUCUCGUUCAAUGAAAGGAAUGACAAUAGUGCAGCAGAUUUUUUAGAAGGUCAUCUUCUGUUAACACAAUUGGCACUGGAACUUUCCUUCUAUCCUACUGCUGAUAAACCAAGGAUAACAUCUCUUGUAACUAAACAUGGCAUUAUCUACGUAUUACAGCUUGUCAAAUAUUUUGACAAAAACUCUGAAGCACGCGUGAAGCAGGAUAUUGAAAAUUUGAUCAAAGGGUUUAAUUACAUACCUACAUUUAAGUUCGCACAAGAUGAAGUAUACGUGGAUUUUCUGCAAAGAGUUCAUACUGCUGAGCUAUUUAUUGACCCACUUGGACUUUGGAAUGUUCCUCAUCCGUGGUUGAACGUCUUUGUUCCAAAAUCUAGAAUUGUAGAAUUUAAUGAAGGUGUAUUCAGGGGCAUUGUUGUUGAGCAAAAUGUUACUUCACAAGCUGGACUUUAUUUGGUCUACCCCAUGAACAGAAACAAGUGGGAUGAUAGGAUGUCAGCGGUUACACCAGAUGAAGAUAUUUUUUACUCUGUAAACUUUUUUAAUUUUGCAACUAGUGGAUUUAAGCUUGCGAAGAAAUUUCAAGUUCAAAAUCAAUUGACAUUACAGUUUUGUAAGGAUGCUGGUAUUGAGAUCAAAGAAUAUCUUCCUAGUAAGAAAACACAUCAAGAAUGGGUGGAACACUUUGGCCCCAAGUGGAAACUUUUUGAAGACAGAAAAGCUGAAUUUGAUCCCAACAGAAUAUUGUCACCUGGGCAAAGAAUUUUCCAAUAAAUAAUUAAUGUGCUAGGUUUUAAUUUCUAGUGUCUAAUAAAUCUUUGCUGGGGUUAGUAGUCUUCUGCCUUGUAAGAGAGUGUGCCUUCCCGAAUGUUUUAUUUUAUGUUUUUAAUUAGUUGAGUGUGUGUUUAGGAACGCUCAAAGUUUUGGAAAUGAUUUGAUGUAUAAGCCAAAUCUCUUAUGUGAAAAUGUGUGAAAUAAAAAGUAGUAUGAUUAUGAAUUU